AUGGAUCUAAUUGAUAGAUCGACUUGCCAUGUGCACCUUCCUUGGGGCCGUGCGAUUCCCUCGUAUUUUGAAAACAACGCAGAAAUGAAUCCUGUUACCAAAAAAACAAAGAAGAAUAUCAGGCAUGAAAUCUAAUUGACCUCUCUCAUUCCCAGAAAUCUAGGGUUUGAAUCCGAUAUCUGCAGCAACAGCAGCAGAAGAUUCCUAUUUUCUAUACGAGAAUGGCUUCUGCCUCUACUGGAGAUGGAGAAGAGAAGAUAAUGGCUCCCUACGGCUCCUGGAAAUCCCCGAUCACGGCCGACGUGGUCUCGGGUGCGGAGAAGCGUUUGGACGGCAUUGCGGUCGAUGGAGCCGGCCACCUUCUCUGGGUCGAAUCUCGGCCCAACGAAGCAGGGCGGUCUGUUCUUGUUAAGGAACCAGAAAAACCAGGGGAUGAACCUACAGACAUUACCCCUGAAGGGUAUGCUGUACGGACACUGGCCCAAGAUUAUGGAGGUGGUGCUUUUACAGUGUCUCAGAAUACAGUCAUAUUUUCAAAUUACGAAGAUCAGCGACUCUAUAAGCAAUCUAUUGGAGAUCAAUCUCUUGUACCAAUCACCCCAGAUUAUGGUGGCGGACCUAAAGUUUGUUAUGCAGAUGGAGUGGUUGAUUCACGCUUUAACCGGUAUAUAACUGUAAGGGAAGAUCAUCGCCAAAGUACGAAAUAUCCAGCCACCACAAUUGUAGCUAUAGACCUCAGGGAUGGGAAUCCUCAAGAACCAAAAAUAUUGGUUAGUGGCAAUGACUUCUACGCCUUUCCACGUGUCGACCCAAAUGGAAAGAGGAUAGCAUGGAUCGAAUGGGGUCACCCAAACAUGCAUUGGGAUAAAGCGGAACUUUUUGUUGGUUAUAUCUCUGAGAAUGGAGAAGUAUACAAGCGCAUUUGUAUUGCUGGUGGUGAUCCUACAAUGGUAGAGUCUCCAACUGAACCCAGAUGGUCCUCUAAAGGGGAGCUAUUUUUCAUUACAGAUAGGAAAAGUGGAUUUUGGAAUCUUUAUAAAUGGAAAGAGCAAGGUAAUGAGUUACUAGCACUUUCUUCCUUGGAUGCUGAGUUUACUAGACCACUGUGGGUUUUUGGUAUCCGGUCUUAUGAUUUUGUGCAGAACACUGGAAAAGACAACUACAUUGCUUGCAGUUACAGGCAGAAUGGGCGGUCAUAUUUGGGAAUCCUGGAUGAUGUUCAAAACACUUUAUCUUUGCUUGAUGUUCCUUUCACUGAUAUAAGUAACAUUAUUGCAGGACCUUCUUGCCUAUACAUUGAGGGAGCAUCUUCUGUCCAUCCAUUAUCAAUAGCUAAGGUUACGAUAAAUGGGAAUCAAUCAAAAGCAGUCGAAUUCUUGAUUGUUUGGUCUUCUUCUCCGGAUAGCAUAAAGUAUAAACCAUAUUUCAGCUUGCCAGAGAUAAUUGAGUUUCCCACAGAAAUCCCGGGUCAAAAUGCCUAUGCAAAUUUUUAUCCACCAUCUAACCACACUUAUCAAGCUAGCCUGGAAGAAAAGCCUCCCUUGUUAUUGAGAAGCCAUGGUGGGCCUACAUGUGAAGCAUGUGCAACAUUGGAUCUUGGCAUCCAGUACUGGACUAGUCGAGGAUGGGCUUUUGCUGAUGUUAAUUAUGGUGGAAGUACAGGUUAUGGCAGGGAGUAUCGAGAACGGCUUUUGGGAAAUUGGGGUGUUGUUGAUGUUAAUGAUUGUUGCAGUUGUGCUAGAUUCCUGGUGGAAAGUGGAAAGGUAGAUGGCGAGCGACUUUGUAUCAAUGGGGAAUCUGCUGGUGGUUAUACAACAUUAGCGACUCUUGCUUUCCGACAGACUUUCAAGGCUGGUGCUUCCUUGUAUGGUAUAGCUGACUUGUCCUUGCUGAGAGCAGACAUUCCUAAACUUGAGUCUCACUACAUCGAUAAUCUUGUUGGAAGUGAAAGGUCAUUCUUUGAGAGGUCACCUAUCAACUUUGUUGAUAAAUUUUCUUGUCCAGUUAUUCUAUUCCAAGGAUUAGAUGACAAUAUUGUACUGCCGGAUCAAGCUCGUAAAAUCCAUCUAGCCUUGAAGAAGAAAGGUUUACCGGCCGCGCUGGUUGUGUUUGAAGGAGAGCAACAUGGAUUCCGCAAGGCUGAGAACAUCAAGUUCACCUUGGAGCAACAGAUGCUGUUCUUUGCUCGUAUGGUCGGACACUUCCAAGUUGCAGAUGAAAUCAGUCCUAUCAGAAUUGAUAACUUUGAUUAGGUUAGGUGCAUUUCUAUUGUCAGAAUCAUUCAUCUGGUGUUCCACUGUAAAUGGGAAAUGCUCUGGAGAAUUUGGAAGUGGACAAUCCUAGCCCUCCAGAUAUUGGCUUCCAAAUGGAUGGUUACAGAAAUAGAACCAACGGUCCAAAUGCACCUGGUGAUGGUUCACCAUUCAAAUGGCUAGGAUUUCUUGUGGAGACUUUUGAUCCAUUGCCUAUCCAAGGACUGGCGAGAUGUGUGGCCCCAGUCACAGAAAGGCGUGGCCCAUCAAGCUUUGUAUGUUGGAUGAUGACUAGUAAACGUGAGAACAACAAUCACAUCACUAAGAAUAAUACAGUUCCAUUCUG